AUGGAGAAGGCAUCCGACCGAAUCAUGCUCGCCAUCGACGUCGACCGGAUCGAGCAGGCACUCCUUAUUGUGCUCGAAAUCGGUGACGCCGUCGGCCUCUUCAAAGUGGGGCUUCAGAUGCUCGCCAACAGCGGCCCCGCUGUCUUUGCGCAAAUCCUGAAGAAGCACAGCAACGCGAAGUUUUUCUACGACGCAAAGUUCCACGACAUCCCGUUGACCGUCGCGUCGGCUUCGAAGAACUCCUGCGAACUUCCCGGGAUUGAGUUCUUUAGCGUGCACGCAAGCGGCGGACGAACCGCGAUGCGCGCGGCCGUCGAAGCCAGCGUCGGUGGUGCCAAGGCCCUCGCGAUCACGGUCCUAACUUCGCUGUCGGACGAAGACUGCGAGGCGAUGUACGGCGCGGACCGAACAACCGUCGUCCAUCGGUUCGCGACCUGGGCUGGCGAGUGCAACAUGGCCGGUGUUGUCUGUUCGCCGCUCGAACUCGAGAUGCUGAAGGACCACCCGAUGCAAACGGCCGACGGUCGUCAGAUGUUGAAGGUGGUGCCGGGCAUCCGUCCGGAGUGGGCACGCACGCACGAUCAGAAAGCGACGGCCACCCCGUUCGAAGCGAUCCGCGACGGAGCGGACUACUUGGUCAUCGGCCGUCCGAUCACGAAGGCACCGUCUGCGAUCGGCUCACCGUUGGCCGCGGUGCAUUCGAUCGCGCAAGAGAUCGAACGCGGACUCGAAGCUCGAAAGAAGCGUUAG